CGAGCCGGGUUCGCGCGCCGCUGCUGCUGGUCCCCUCUAUAAGAAGAGGCGGCAAAGGCAACGGCGAAGCCAUCGUCGUCCGUCGUACUCGCCCACAAGGUACUUAACACGGGUCGGCGGCCGGCGGUUGGAGGAGCCGAGGAGGUUGGAGGCCGGCUUGGAGCAGCAGCAGCAGCAGCAGCCGGCAAUGGAGAAGCCCCGGCAGGUGGUGCGCAAGUUCCUGGCGCGGCCGCAGCACGAGGGCGUCGGCGCCGUCGUCCGCCGCAGCAUCGGCAGGUUUGAGCUGAGGUACUUCGACCCGUUCCUAGUCCUCGACGAGUUCUCCGGUGAGCUUUCGAUCCGUUCCUUUUCUGAAUGGGCAUCGCUCGCAUGCCCCAUUCCGGUUCAACUAACCGAUUGCCUGUCCGAAUUCCGCGCAGUUUCUGCUCCGGCGGGGUUCCCCGACCACCCGCACAGAGGAUUCGAGACCGUCACCUACAUGCUCGAGGGCGCCGUGACGCACGAGGACUUCGAGGGCCACCGCGGCACGAUCAAGGCCGGCGACGUGCAGUGGAUGACGGCCGGCCGCGGCAUCGUGCACUCCGAGAUGCCCGCCGGCCCCGGCACGUCCAGGGGCCUGCAGCUCUGGGUCAACCUCUCCUCCGCCAACAAAAUGGUCGAGCCCGGGUACCAGGAGAUCCAGAGCAAGGACAUCGCGUGCACGACCGCCGACGGCGUCACGGUGCGCGUGAUCGCGGGGCACGCCAUGGGGGCGCGGUCGCCGGUGCGCACGCGGACGCCGACCAUGUACCUCGACUUCACCGUGCGCCCGCGCGCCGCGGCGCGGCAGCCCGUGCCCGCGUCGUGGAACGCCUUCGCGUACGUGCUCGAGGGCGAGGGCGUGUUCGGGUCCGAGCGGUGCGCGCCCGCGGGCGCGCACCACCUGCUCCUCCUCGGGCCGGGCGACGGCGUCGAGGUGUGGAACAAGUCGGACGGCAGGCCGCUCCGGUUCCUGCUCAUCGCCGGCGUGCCCAUCGGGGAGCCCGUGGCGCAGCUGGGCCCGUUCGUCAUGAACACCGAGGAGGAGAUCGACAUGACCGUCGACGACUUCGAGCGCUACGCCAACGGGUUCGAGAAGGCCAGGCACUGGAAAUCGCAGGCCAUGGUAGCGCUUGGGGUAGAGUAGGGCGGAACAAAAAGAGCAGAGUACACAGCCAAGAGAAGGAAAAAAUCAGCACAUUAUUUUCGUUUUUUUCCCUAUUUCGUACUAUAGUUGCUCAGAUUUGUUUUUUUCCCUUUUCCCCAACAUCGGGGUCUCUCUGUGUACAUAACUGGUAUAAAUUAAGUUCAUCAAUAUCGGAAUUUUAUAUUUCA